AUCAAAUUUCAAUUCAAAAUUCACAAACCCAUAAAUUUCCAAAAUUUAUUUCUUCGUUUCGUUUGUGAAAACACUAAAUUUGAAAAAUUCUUAGCAUUGAAUCUCUGAUCCAUGGCUUCUCGUAGGCGCAUGCUUUUAAAGGUCAUUAUCCUCGGCGACAGCGGGGUUGGCAAAACUUCUCUGAUGAAUCAGUAUGUGAAUCGUAAGUUUAGUAAUCAGUACAAGGCGACGAUUGGGGCGGAUUUUCUGACUAAGGAAGUUCAGUUUGAAGAUAGGUUGUUCACAUUACAGAUUUGGGAUACUGCUGGGCAAGAAAGGUUUCAGAGUCUUGGUGUGGCUUUCUACCGUGGUGCAGACUGCUGUGUUCUUGUGUAUGAUGUGAAUGUCAUGAAGUCAUUUGACAAUCUUAAUAACUGGCGGGAAGAGUUUCUGAUUCAGGCCAGCCCUUCUGACCCUGAAAACUUUCCGUUUGUUGUGUUGGGGAACAAGAUAGAUGUUGAUGGUGGGAAUAGCCGAGUGGUUUCUGAGAAGAAAGCCAAAGCAUGGUGUGCUUCUAAGGGAAAUAUACCAUACUUUGAGACCUCUGCAAAAGAAGGAUUCAAUGUUGAUGAUGCUUUCCAGUGUAUAGCCAAAAAUGCACUCAAGAAUGAACCUGAAGAAGAAAUAUACCUGCCUGAAACCAUUGAUGUUGCGGGUGGUGGACAGCAGCAAAGAUCUACGGGUUGUGAAUGUUAGAAGCAUUCUUGGAUCGGUGCUUUUUGAUCCUCAGAUUACCAGAUACAGCUAUCACUAAUAUUUGGUGAUUUAUAAGUCAGUCAUUUUAAUAAUCAAUAAUAUAGGAAAGAAGGUUAUAAAAUUUUAUUUUGUAUCAUAACUGGGUCAGAAAAGAUAUCUUGAUUGUCUUUGUAUUGGUUUCUGUUUAUAUUUUAUCUGUAUUCCAUAUUUCAUUUCUGUUCUUCUGGAAAAUGUAAUUUUUACCUGGUUGCUAAGUUGUGAAUCUUGUAUUGUGAAUCUUGUAUCACUUAUGAUAGAUGAUAAUUUUCAUAUUUAAGUUGUAA